UUGAAAUCCACAGGUCUUAAAAGUUGCCGAAGUUGGACAUCCUCGGACCAGAGACCAUCGCGCAAAAAGCCGUUGUGACCUGGUUGGUGGUUAUACCGAGAUUUGCAAGGAUGACUUCCUUUUUUUCAAUCCUACUUGAGGUUUUGGGUGGGACCGCCCACGCCCACCCGUUUCUUGCGGGCCGGCCAAGUAGCUCUUUACAAUGUUCUACUCUUCCUCUAAGAAAGAGCCUGCUCUAAAAAUAGCUAAAAGUCUGGAGAUGAAAGGAAAGCAGCGAACGGAGCAGGUUAACCAGUUCAACAACAUCCAUGUGAACAGAAUCAUUAAAGGACAAACACAUCCACUAGUUCUGUUCUGCAACACUAUUACUGCAAUGUCCUUCUUUUAAGAUGGGUUCUUCAGAGAAUAGAAAAUAAACUGAUAAGACAAGCACACAGCUUCUUGGUUCAGACAAAGCAUACUAAAUAGGCACCCCGUUAUCUAAAUCACAGCUCAACAUGGCUGGGGAGGAAAGUGACGAGUACAAUUUUAGCAUGUGGUACCAUUUGGUCCUGUGGUUAAUCGUUAUCUUUAUAUGGUGGAGAUGGAGAAAUGGGGAGAAUUUAGAUGAUGUGGAUCCCGAAGGGAAAUACAUAUUCAUCACUGGUUGUGACUCUGGAUUUGGGAAACUGGCAGCUAUGACCUUUGAUAGGCGAGGAUUUCAAGUGAUUGCUGGCUGCCUAACUGAAAAGGGGGCAAAGGAGCUGAAAGAGGAAUCGUCGGCAAACCUCCAAACAGUGCAGCUGGAUGUGACCAACUCGGACAACAUCAAGCAAGUAGCAGAACUAGUUAAGAAAGAAGUAGGACAACGGGGUCUCUGGGGCCUUAUCAAUAAUGCUGGUAUCAUGGGACCAUCGGCCCCCACCGACUGGCUGAGGAUUGAGCACUUUAGAGCUCCCAUUGAAAUCAACCUGAUUGGCCUCAUAAACGUUACAUUAAACAUGCUUCCAUUGGUGAAGAAAGCCAAAGGGAGAAUAGUAAACGUAACCAGCGUUGGUGGUAUUCUGGCAAUAUGUUCAGGGGGUUAUUGUCCAUCCAAAUACGGAGCAGAAGCCUUUACCAACAAUUUAAGACAGGAUAUGAAGCCCUUUGGAGUGAAAGUGUCCUGUAUUCAACCUGGCUUGUUCAAAACAGCUCUCUCUGAUAGAGUCCGGGUCAUAAAAGAAAAAGUGGCCAUUUGGAAUAGCCUUCCUCCCAUCAUCCAACGGCAGUAUGGUGAACAUUACCUCAAGGAAGAUGCAAUAAAGAAAGAAAAAUUAGUCAAGCUGUGUCAGAAUUCAGACCUGUCACUGGUUGUGAGGUGCAUGGAACAUGCCCUAAUGAGCAAGCAUCCAAAGGCUUAUUACACCGUAGGCACAGAUGCUAAAUUCUUAUGGAUUCCUCUCUCAAAGUUGCCCACCUGUAUCCAGGACUACAUGCUCAUGAAGAACAAAGUUAAACUAUUUAAUCCAAACUCAGAAUAAGAUCUCCUCCUUUGUUUCCUUGGCAUUUCCAAGGGAACCCCAACCUGUUGGCUCAGGACAAAAACUGACUAAUCGGUAACCAUAGUUUGUUACCCAGUAACAAAGUACCAAUUCACAUACAGGCUUCAAAAGCUGUGCUUGAUUAAAUAAUGAAGAUAAAUACUCCAAUGUUCAGGCAAAUAAGCAUCCAAUAGCGUGGACCAUCCCAUUUCUUGCUGACAUUAAGACAAUAAUACGGUCUAUAUUGUCUGAUGGUUGUUAAAUGAACUAGCAUUUGCUGACAAAAGCAAAUCCAUCAGUCAAAACUUGGAAAACUCUGCUAUCGCAGGACAGUGAAAUAAUUGUGUGUUUUAAGAGCUCAUUAGAAGAAAAAUAGAGCACAAAGGCAGUUAAAAGUACUAUGUGCUCUGCAAAAAAUUGGUGAUUUGCAAGAGUGCUACAGAAGCAAAACAAAAUUCUUGUUCACCCUUUAUAUGUGAGUGUGUGUGUGACGGAGGGAGGGAGGAAGAGGGAGAGCAAUUCACAUAGUGGCAGUUUAAGCUCUUUGCAGAGGAUUGAAUUCUCGGAUUAUUGGAAUUUGCCCAGAGGUCAAGAGACUAACCCAAGGAACAAUUGAAAGUUAUACAGGUAGUCCUUGACUUACAACCACAAAAUUUCUGUUGUUAAGUGAGACAUUUGUUAAGUGAGUUUUGACCCAUUUGAUGACCUUUCUUGACACGGUUCUUAAGUGAAUCACUGCCGUUGUUGAGUUAGUGACCUAGUUGUUUGGUGAAUUUGGUUUCCCCAUUGACCUAGCUUGACGGAAGGUGGCCAAAGGUGAUCCCAUAAGAAUAGGACACAGCAGCUGUCAUAACUAUAGAUCAGUUGCCAGGCAUCUGGAUUUUGAUCACAGCAAGUGGUAACUGUGAAAAAUGGUGAUAAGUCACUUUUUUCAGUGCUGUUGUAACUUUGAACAGUCACUAAAUCAACUGUUGUAAAUCAAGGACUACCUGUAAUGCCCAUGAACAUGUAAGGGAAUGCCUCUCUUUAGUGAGGAAUUUUUUCCUUCAAAUGUCUGAAGACUGAGAAAUCUUGCUUCCUAUGUGUCCAUCCCUCUCUCGGUUCAGCCUUCAUGGUUAGGACCGUCUGUCUCCCUGCUGUCCUGGUUCAGAUGAAGCAUCUUCUAAGAUGUUAGGAAGCCGUUCAGUUGUUUCAUGCUGGCUUGAUUCAGCCUCAUGCCUUUUAUAAAACAGAAACUGGAUAUUGAUGCCAGGCGUUCCAGAUUACAGGCCUACUGGCUGAAGUUGUUGGGAAUAGGAAGUUCAGCGGCAUCCCACAAUGGGUGAACUCAGAGCCACGACUGAACUCAUGCCGAAAAAUCUCAAGUUUCAUCUAACAUCUUUCCAGUUAAGGGGUCAGAGACACAAUGUCCAUUGGCAUGGGCAAUAACAGAUUUUGCAAACAAUUAGGUGUGCUGCAGAGCCCCUUCCUAUGAUGCAGUCAUUGCAUAUAUCUAACAAGCAAAUGAAGGGACACGGAGCAAUGAAGGGACUCAGCGGCUCAGUGGCUAAGACAUUGAGCUUGUCGAUCGAAAGGUUGGCAGUUCAGCGGUUCGAAUCCCUAGUGCUGUGUAAUGGGAUGAGCUCCUGUUACUUGUCCCAGCUUUUACCAACCUAGCAGUUCAAAAGCACAUAAAAAAUGCAAGUAGAAAAAAUAGGGACCACCUCUGGUGGAAGGUGCGCCUUUGGCGUUUAGUCAUGCCGGCCAUAUGACCCUGGAGAAGUCUUCAGACAGCUCUGGCUCUUUGGCUUUGAAACCGAGAUGAGCACCGCCCCCUAGAGUUGGAAAUGACUAGCACAUAUGUGCAAGGGGAACCUUUACUUUUACCUUUAACAAGCAAAAAUGACUUGAAUUUGCUUUGCGCUCUUGGGCUGCGAAAGCAAGGAAAUUCUGGUCAGGCUUCUUUGAAUUAAGAACAGUCAAAGUAGUUUUGUGGCUCAAUGAAGAUAGGGACUGCAUUUAUCUAUUACCCCAAACUAGACUGUGAUUUAUUUUUAAUUUAACAUGUGAUGUGAUCUUAACUAGUUGUAGCGUGUUCAAAAGAUUGGGGGGUAAAAUAAGCCGUGAUUUAGCAUUUCAUAUUUCUUGAAUCCCUUCUGGAAGCAUUGCAAACACAUCACAACAGCAGUAACCAAAGCUUGCUGCAUCACUCUGUGAAUCACAAUGUUACAGCCAUUGGAAUCAUAUUGUCCCUAAAUAAGAGCUGGAUAAGGCCUACUUCUGUGGGAUGGCCUACUCCUGAAAGCAAGGGAGAUACCAUCAUUCUUGCCAUUUGGCUCUCCCGGUGAGUUUUAACAAAGUUAAUUUUUCUUUUAUACAAGGAUACUCUUGACUCAUGCUUCAAUGUGGUCAAUGAAAGGCGGUCAGUUGAUAGUGCUCAACAGAUAGAUGGACCAACAUCCUGAAUCUAACACAGCUAUCAUAUUUCUUAUGUGGAAAGUGAAUAAGGGGAUAUGAUAGAACAAUUUGCAGCUUGAAUUGUCCAUUUAUCUUUCCUAUCCACCUAAUAAGAAUAUCCAUCAGAAGAACAAAUUAUAGCAUGCCAUGGGGACAUGCUACUUAGAACCUUUUCUUGAAUUUAACUGGUUGAUCAAAGAUACUUGGGUUUAUGAGUGGUGCAGUGGCCUAGAGGUGGAGCUCUCACCUCACAAUCGGGAGGCUGUGAGUUCGAUCCUAGGUAGCAGCAGAUAUUUCUGUCUCUGGGCACAAUGAGUAUUAUAUAGUAUUUAUAAUACUAACUGCUGCGAACUCUGCAUUGGCGACAGGAAGGGCAGCCAGCCAGUGAACAUUCAGUUGCCCCAACUCCACCCUGAUGUAAGGGAUUAUGGGGCUAUUAAAUGACAAGAUCAAAGGUACAUGGGUUCAGAAGUGGUGAAAUUCCACAGAGGUCAUUCUGCGCCUUGCACCUAGUCACCUUUUAGAACUCCAGAGCAGGGGUCUUCAACCUUGGCAACCUUAAGACUUGUGGACUUCAACUCCCAGAAUUCCUCAGCUUUUAAAAGCAUUUUCUGAGAGUUGAAGUCCACAAGUCUUAAAGUUGCCAAGGUUGGAGACCCCUGCUCCAGAAAGUAUUGAAGAGCUGAGUUUUAAUUUGCACAAGAUAGCUGAAGGAGACGUAUGAAGUUCUGGAGAAGGAUAGGAUCCUGAGGAAAGAAGAGCCUUUCUUCAUCUCCACCUUAGUUCUGGGGAAGGCGGCCAUAUUGUCAUGGUGCAUGUAAUUGCACCGACAUGUCCUUAAAAUAUUGUAUGUGAUUUUCAGGCACGAUUCAUUUAUUGUGUAUACUGUGUCAUACGCAUUUCAGUAGUGUUUGUUACCUGUUGUAUUUAUUGUUAGCAUUUGAUCAAAGAGCAAUAACCAUUCUUGGUGAGUAUGCCUUUACUUCCCAUGUGUUGCCCUGAAUCUAGGAUCAUUUCAGACUUGAUAUCCAGAAUGCGUUUCAAAUGUGACAGGCUGAGGGUGGGACCAAUAAGAAGAGGCUGACUUGCUUACCUUACUAUUGAGAGUCAGUUUGGUGUAGUGGUUAAAACAUUAAGCUAGAAACCAGGAGACUGUGAGUUCUAGUCCCACCUUGGACGCAAAGGCCCCUGGGUGACCAUGGGCCAAGUAACUUCUCAGCCCUAGGAAGGAGUAAUGACAAGCCACUUUUGAAAAACCUUGUGAAGAAAACUGCAGGGAUCUGUCCAGGUAGCAUCCAAGAAUCAGACAUGAUUGAACAAAAGAAAGCAAACUCUUGCUGUUAAUAUUUCUAAAUCUGUAGGGCAAAGGCACUGAAUCUGUGCUAUAUUUAUUUCUCAGUUAUUUUUCCACUUAAUAGAUUGUUCACUUUGUUUGUUUCCGUUGCUAUUUCUGAUAUUUUGGAAGUUAAUGAUGGAAUCCUUUUUAUUACAUAACCUUAUGUUGCUAUUGAGUUUGUAUUUUAAUUUGUUUGUAUUUUGUUUUCUGGUUUCCUUGUUUCUAAUUGUUCCUAUUUAUGGUUGCCAUUAGUUCUCAUUGAUUUUGAGACAUUUCAAUUUUUGUAUCUGUGAGUUGGACACAGGAGUCAAAAUGUUUCAAAUAAAUAUGCCCUUUUUGCCAAAGA